UGAUGGGGGAGGGAGGGAGGGAGGGAUGGAGGUCAUUUAGUCUUUUAAUGCCAGCAACACAGUGUCACCUCAUCAUUUGUUCAGGACUCGAGCUGGUUUCAGAAGAUCUAGACUGCAGUCCUGUCCCUGGACGCCUUCACACACCAGAAUGUUUUCCUUCCUGUUCCUUGCUGUGCUCUGCACCAGCUGCCUAGCCGCUCCCAGUUCGUACUACUCCUUCUCACCUCCUGUUGGACCUGGUAGUGGCACUGCCUUCUCCACUAAAGCAGACGAACGGCUCACUGGGAUCAGGAUCUGGGAGUCUACAAACUCUUACAUCACAGGUUUGCAGGUGCGCAAUGGCUACAUAUGGUCGGAGGUUAUAGGUCGCAAAUGGGGCGACAAGCAGGAGCUGAUUCUUUAUCCAGGCGAGAAAAUUAUUCAGGUCUCUGGCAAAUACCAGACCUCCUACACCGCCUACAUCUAUCAGCUGGUCCUCAAGACUGACCAUGGGCGAUCUCUGUCAGCUGGCCAGCCCUCACAUAACUCCUUCAACAUGUAUGCUGACUACCCCGGCUCUGAGCUAUUUAUGCUGAGUGGUCGCUACAAUUCUGCAGGGCUCAAAUCUGUGGGAGCUCACUGGAAACUCUGGCAGGAACCGAGCAACAGCAACAACACUCUGUAUUGAAAACAAGCUGAUUAAUAACCAGUUACUGUUUCAUAAUCAUAAACUAGAACGAUCAAUCUAUAUUUUUCGAUUAAGGAAGCAUUUAGACUCUUUGCACUGUUAUAUGAAUACCUCUGCCAAAUCUCGUCUUGGUUAAUGAACAACAACAAAAAAAGAAAGUAUUAAUGGUGACGGUUAAAGAUGAACUCAGUUUGUCACCCUGUGUGGUGCACUUAAACACACAGGAUCUACUUUAUAUACAAGGCAAUCUUUUUUCAUCUAUUAAAUGAAGGGGCUUUUAUUUAAAGUAUUUUGUCACUCUGCAGUUGUGAAGGAAAGAAAGCAAUGAUUUAUUGAACAUGUAUUUUGAGUAAUGCUGUCUUUAAAGUUAGCAUGAGAUUAUACAGAUUACUUUGUGAUUUUUAUAUCUGUAUAUCUUUAUUGGUUGGAGAAAUGUGUACUUUGAGCCAUAUUGAAUUCAGUUGCAAUAUAUUCCUGUAUUUUAUGAAAGGUACUUUUUCCCUCUUGUAACUUCCUCCUGUGUGGCUGUUUUUUAAAAUUAAUUUUAAAAAAUACAUGAAUAAAUGAAAGCAACUUG